AUGCCCAUCACAGCGGAGAGCUGGCAACGAGCGACGCAGAACUGGACGGCGGAUGAGAUCUCGCGCGGGAGGCGUCUCUUGGACUCGAACGGCCAUGUCGUUCCCGCGGCGGUAGCCAUGCAAGAGGAAGAUGAAAACAUCAUCUCCUGCAUCCGAUACGAGAACGCGUACUAUAUCACCAGUGCAGAUCUCUUCGUGUGCUACCGCUUCCAGACUGGCAUCAACGUAACCGACAGGAAAAUGCGGGCCAACAUUCGCAGAGGAUGGGAUACAAGACCCGCUAUCAAUUAUGGAUUCCUUGUCGUCGGUCCUGCGACGCAUUCUGAGCUGCACGUGCGGCUCCAGACGUGGUUUACCAGACGAGACUCGUACAAGCUGUUUGCUUGGGAGAGCUGUGGGGCUGCUUUGGAAGUCAUCACAGAGAAAUUGGCGGAUCGCGGUCACAUUAACAUCUCUGCGACGAGCGAGACGAGAAACUUGUUGACCGAAUCGCUGAUACGUGCUCCGCAACCAUCUCUCAUGACACAUCCUCCCAAUGAUCCUCAAGGUGCCUAUUUCAGCAUGCCAGCGAUAUCCGAUGCGUCUCAGCAAGUCGUACAAUUAUGA